AUGUCUCAAGCCAUAUCCGCAGUUCACAAUGGUUUGUCAAAAAAUCAGGCUGCAAAUAUGUACGGUAUUCCAAAGCGUACACUAAGGCGGUAUUUGGAAAAGACGGAAGAUCCAAAACUAAUUACGCUGCCACCGCUAGGAAGUUUUGCCACAGUUUUUUCGCUACAACAGGAGGAGGAGCUGGCCACGUAUGCAAUCCAAAUGAGUGAAUGUUUUCACGGUUUAUCGUCUAGAGAGAUGCGCAGCUUGGCAUACCAAAUGGCUGAGAAAAAUGAAAUCCAGCACCCGUUUGACAAACGAUGUAAAUUAGCGGGACGAGAUUGGCUGAAAAGUUUUCUGCGACGUCAUAAAACACUUACUCUCCGUACACCGGAAAAUACGUCACUCGCACGGGCCAAAGGCUUUAACAGAAAAACCACUCCUCAGUUCGCCGAUCUCUUAGAACGUAUUUACGCUCAGCAUGCUUACCCACCAAGCAGGAUAUGGAAUGUUGAUGAGACCGGUGUCAGCACGGUUCAGACACGGAAUAUUAAAGUGAUGGCAAAAAAGGGCCAACAUCAAGUUGGUAGACUUGUAUCGGCAGAAAGAGGUGUCAAUACGACUAUAACGAUGGCCAUGUCGGCAUCUGGCCAAUUUUUGCCACCAUUAUUCAUUUUUCCGAGUCAACGAAUGAAUGAUGCGUUGAAGGUGGGUGCUCCACCCGAAUCGAUUUUUGCAAGUAACCCCAAUGGUUGGAGUACCAUGGACACCUUUUCACGUUGGUUUGAUCAUUUUCUGUUGUUUGCCCAUCCGACAGCUGAGGAUCCGGUACUCCUUAUUUUGGACGGCCACUCGAGCCACACGAAAAAUUUGGAAGUGUUGGAGAAGGCAAAAGCUAACCAUGUUCGUGUCCUAUCCAUUCCUCCUCACACAUCCCAUAAAACUCAGCCACUAGACGUUUCGUUCAUGGGACCGUUCAAAGCGUACUACUCAAAAGCUUUGGAUUCAUUUAUGAAACGAAACAACGGCAACCCUGUUACGGUUUAUAAUGUUGCUGCAAUAGUUAAUGAAGCCUACACUGAAGCUGCAACUAUCUCCGUGGCUCGAAAUGGUUUUCGGAAAACUGGCAUAUAUCCAUUCAGCCGACAUGUGUUUUCGGAUAACGAUUUUGCCUCCUCUGACCUUUUAAAACAUUCCAACGAUGAUAAUAAUAAUGUUUCUUCCUUGAAUAUUGAAGCCACUAGUACUGCAGCAUAUCCACACUUCAGCCUGGAUCAAAAUCAGCCUUUCAAUCUUCAGCAACUUUCAUGCAACGAUACUGCUCUUGCCAUCGAUGCUACCACUAUAGAGCCAUGUAGUGUUUCAGAAGACAUGACUACGGAUUUAAAUACAUUUUAUUUUGUAGAUGAAAACGGUAACCUCACAUCACUCGUCGUACAAGAAACCGAUGAUGAUAAUCCUAUUUCCUCAUGUAUCGAGGAAACAGCUUUAGAGCCUCCAAACUUCACAGAUUCAUCAAUGCUUCAUCAAAGUGACACAAAUUUAACCAGUCUUUUUAAAAAUAACGAACAACCAAAAGAGGAUCCACAGCCGUCAUCGUCAAACGUGUUUUAUCAAACCUCCAGGAUUAAUAACAGCCAUAAGCAAAAAUUAUCCGAUAACCAGGAAAACCUCACUCCAUCAGAACAUGUUGCCCAGCCAAAACGCCGUCGAUGA